CCACGCCUUCCGCUCUCCUUCACACACCUUGCGUCCACUCAACUAGUGGAGUGGAGUAGAGUGGCACUCGAUCGCUCUCCUCGCAUGUCAACGCAAGCAAAAGGUGUCCUCUCCUCCCAUCCAUCUCCACCGCACGGAUGUAAAGCCACCCCAGACGUAACAAAGGGUGAGGAGACUCAAGAGGCGCAAGGGCAAAGAUUCCAAGAACACACCCUACCUGAGCCAAGAGCAACCAUGAGUGGCCGAAUGGAACUGAGCGCGCAGAUGUCGAUGGCGCCGCCGACCAACGGCGGGAAGCGCAGGUGCUCACGGCCCGGCCUGGGGGAUAUCCACGAGGACAUGCUGGAGCGCGUCCUCGCGCGCCUCCCGCCGGCCAGCUUCUUCCGCCUCCGCGCCGUCUGUCGCGAGUGGCGCGCGGUCGCCGCAUCCCCUACAUUCCUCGACGCCUGCGCGCGCGUCCCUUCCCGCCACCCGUGGUUCCUCAUGCUCUCCGAACGGCCACACCCGGUGGUCGCCUUCGACGCCGCCGGGCGCUCCUGGAACGCCUGCCGCGCCCCAACGGGGUCCAUGCCUGUGGCCGCGUCGGGUGGCCUCGUCCUCUACAGCGUGCUGGCCACGGGCGCGCUCUGCGUCUCCAACCCUCUCACCGGCGCAUCCCGCGCGCUCCCCACGCCGCCGCAGGGCCCGGGCGUGCCGCAGCUCCACGCGAUUGCCAUGUACGGCUCCCCCUACCGCGUGGCGCUCUUCACGGGCGAGCUCCCUGACCUGUCCAUGGCGGUGUUCGACUCGUCCGAGGACUCGUGGGAGGGCCCAAUGCCGCUCGCCCGGAGGUCCGGGACCUCUUCCCCGGACGCGCCGCCCCAUGGUGGCGACGAGACGGUCUACUUUCUGAGCAAGUCCGGCGACGUGGUGGCCACCAACAUGAAACGCAGCUCGUUGAAGCAGUACUCCUCGGUGGUCGUCCCGUCCGAGUGCGGCGCCGUGGUCUACUUCCUGAGCCACUCGGGCACGGUCCUCGCCUGCGACACGGCGAGCCGCACGUUUGCCGAGCUGCCCCGGAUCCUCCCCGUGCAUUUCGAGUACUCCAUCGACGUCGUGGCAUGCAACGGCGCCUCCUACGCCGUCGUGCUGUCGGAGUACCUGGACACGGCGAGCCUGCGGGUGUGGCAGUUCGCGGAGGGCGCGUGGAGGCAGGUGGCCGCCAUGCCGCCAGGCAUGGCGCACGGGUUCUACGGAAAGAAGGCCGACAUCAACUGCGUCGGGCACGGCGACCGCGUAAUGGUCUGCGUGAGCUCGGGUGAGUUCAAUGGCUGCUUCAUGUGCGACGUGGCAAGCAACGAAUGGGAGGAGCUGCCCAGGUGCAUCAAUGGCGACGGAGAGAUCAUCGACUUCCUGGCCGCCUUCUCCUUCGAGCCGAGAGUAGAGAUCAACGUCUAAGUGGGUGUAUGCGUGUGUGUGUUUGCACUUUGCACCCGCGCCGAAGCUUGUUUAGUUAAGGAGCUGUUUUGUUUUGCUCCUAGCUUGCUUGUUUGAUUUUUUUUCAUUAAUGUGUUUGUUGCAUCGCAUGGUCUAAGUUAGAUAUUUGGGUGCUUCAUGGAAACCAAUUCGAGUCCUUGAUUACACUAUUGUAUUCAUGGGCUUCAUUGAUACUAAGAUAUUUUGCA